UCCAACUAACUUUAUUCUUCUCCAUCUUCUGCAUCACAGCGUACAGGUGUGCUCUUUUUAGCCCACUAUGGUCACCGUCCGCUAUCUGAUGGUCCUCAGAGAGUCCUCAGAGAACGGCAGCCAGCUGGACACGUUGACUCCCGUAGAUCUGCCUGAAUUCAGCCGCACGGGAUUCAACGUAGUGGCCGUGUGUUUGGGAGUAAUUUUCGCGUUCGGUUUCCUUAACAACUUUCUUGUUCUUGCGGUCUUCGCCCGCUUCCACGUCCUGAGGACUCCGAUCAACUUAAUACUGCUGAACAUCAGCGUGAGCGACAUGCUCGUUUGUGUGUUUGGGACACCUUUAAGCUUCGCCGCGUCUGUGCACGGCCGGUGGCUGACGGGAGUUCACGGCUGCAGGUGGUAUGGCUUUGCCAACGCACUGUUCGGUAUUGUUUCACUGGUAUCCCUUGCGGUGCUGUCAUACGAGCGUUACAGCACCAUUCUCUGCUGUUCAAAAGCAGAUGUAUCUGACUACAGGAAGGCCUGGCUCUUCAUCGCAUGCUGCUGGCUGUACUCUCUCUUGUGGACAGUGCCACCACUCUUCGGCUGGAGCAGCUACGGUCCUGAGGGACCCGGCACCACCUGCUCAGUCCAGUGGAACCAGCGUUCCCUGGAAACAAGAUCUUACGUCAUCUGCCUCUUUGUCUUUUGUCUGCUGCUGCCCCUGCUUCUGAUGGUCUACUGCUACGGGAAGAUCCUCAUUGCCAUUCACGGGGUUGCUAAGAUCAAUCAGACAGCUGCACAGAGGAGGGAAACGCACGUGCUGGUGAUGGUGGUUUCCAUGGUGUCCUGUUACCUGCUCUGUUGGAUGCCGUACGGGGUCGUGGCAUUGCUUGGCACGUUCAGUGCUGGUAUUGUCAGCCCAACAGCCAGCGUUGUAUCAUCCGUACUAGCAAAGAGCAGCACUGUUCUGAACCCCAUCAUCUACAUUCUGUUCAAUAACCAGUUUUACAGGUGCUUUACAGCUUUAAUAAGAUGUGGACCAGAACCUCCAGCUCAUCUCACCCUUCACACAGAAGAAGUUGGUGCUCAACAGGACUGCAUCGCUAUGGGGUCAUAUGGUACUACUUCUCCACCUGACACCCCAGACAAGUUCGGGUCCCAGAGGGCUUCGGUACCACAAACUAAUAGGACUUUGGUGCUUGUGGUGCAUUGCACUUCGUAAAAGCCUGGUAUAUGAAGGUUCCAUCCAUGCAACUCAAUAUUUUUAGAGAGACAGGAAAUUACAUUGUGUUAAUAAGAAAGAUACUAGCACAUUAGUAUUUUUCUUUACUGUUUUGUGUUACAAGUACAAUGGAGAUAUUAUUAUUUAAAUUUUUUUGCAAAUUUUGCAUGUAAUUAUUGCCACCAGGUGUCAGUAUUUGUUCAAACGUGAAACAAUGAAACUUGGGCUUGGCAGCAUCCGAAGGUCAUGCCUACAGUGUGCACAGAAGUGAAAAAGUAUUAGGAUUUUAGGUCACCUGAAGCCUCUUACCUGGCGGACUGCACUGUAAUAGCAGUGACACAUAAACAUAAGCUAAAAUAUUUCAACAGGGAUUUUUUUUUCCUUACAGAAUUCAACAGCAUUUUAAAUUGGCAAAUGGAUUUAAUAAAUGUAAAUGUUUGAAUGUUAGCAUUUUACGUUCUAUUCCAUCCUCUGAUAUAGUACUUUAAAAUACUGCAAUAUUUUGUAGCAGUAAUGGAGAAAGAAAACUGUCUUCUUUUUUUUUUCGCUUAUGUUUUUUUUUAUAUAUAUAUCUACCUCAUGAACUUGUAUUAUCUCUUCAUUAACAAUUAUGAGAAAAUGUUGAGGAAAAUGUAGAAAUUUCUGUAUAACAGUUCCUUAAAAAAUUAUAUUCAGUACGGAUAGUGUUGUGUAUCAAACAAGAUAUAAAUAUCUUGUAAAUCCAUAUCAACAAAUGACUAAAUCCAUCAAAGUAGUAAUUAAUAUACUAUGUGAAUUUCUAGGAUAA